CAACAACAACAACAACAACAGGACCAACAACAACAACAACAACAGGACCAACAACAACAACAUCAACAACUGCAAUAUCACCCGCUCUCGUUAAUCAGUUGCAAGAACUCAUUAACAAUAUCAAUUCAUUAUCAAAUUCUCUAAAUACCAUUACAACACUAAUAAGCACUCUUCAAACUCUCAUAGUAGGCGGCGGAAGGAAGCGAAGAAAAAAGAGAGCAGUUUCCGCAAGCGUCACGGCUAUUAUAGAUCUUAUUUCUCAAUUAAAAACAGCAGUUAUGAAUGACAAUGUGUCUCAAAUAGCCUCAUUUGCAAAUAAUCUCGAAAACAGUGUCACAAACAUCGGAACUAUUAGUUAUGAUGACCGCAUUGCAUUACAAAAUGGUCGUAAUAGUUUGGUGGAAGCCGUAUAUUUGAUCCCGCCUCUGUCCAAUAAACUGCAAGCUGAAGCUGAGCAAAUCAGAACACAACUGAAAAAUAUGGGUGCAUCAGGACUGCCCACUCUCCCCCCCACUGUAACUGCGCCCCUCUUAUCUACAUCUUUUUCCUUAGUACCACCGACAACAACAGCACCGACAACUGCAGCACCGACAACAACAACAACAACAGGACCAACAACAACAACAACAACAGGACCAACAACAACAACAACAACAGGACCAACAACAACAACAACAACAGGACCAACAACAACAACAUCAACAACUGCAAUAUCACCCGCUCUCGUUAAUCAGUUGCAAGAACUCAUUAACAAUAUCAAUUCAUUAUCAGAUUCUCUAAAUACCAUUACAACACUAAUAAGCACUCUUCAAACCCUCAUAGGAGGCGGCGGAAGGAAGCGAAGAAAAAAGAGAGCAGUUUCCGCAAGCGUCACGGCUAUUAUAGAUCUUAUUUCUCAAUUAAAAACAGCAGUUAUGAAUGACAAUGUGUCUCAAAUAGCCUCAAUUGCAAAUAAUCUCGAAAACAGUGUCACAAACAUCGGAACUAUUAGUUUUGAUGACCGCAUUGCAUUACAAAAUGGUCGUAAUAGUUUGGUGGAAGCCGCAAAAUCGAUCCCGCCUCUGUCCAAUAAACUGCAAGAUCAAGCUGAGCAAAUCAGAACGCAACUGAAAAAUAUGGGUGCAUCAGGACUGCCCACUCUCCCCCCCACUGUAACUACGCCCCUCUUUUCUACAUCUUUUUCCUUAGUACCACCGACAACAACAGCACCGACAACAGCAGCACCGACAACAGCUGCACCGACCACUGCAGGACCAACAACAGCAGCACCGACAACAGCAGCACCGACAACAGCUGCACCGACCACUGCAGGACCAACAACAGCAGCACCGACAACAGCAGCACCGACAACAGCUGCACCGACAACAGCUGUACCGACCACUGCAGGACCAACAACAGCAGCACCGACAACAGCAGCACCGACAACUGCAGCACCGACCACUGCAGGACCAACAACAGCAGCACCGACAACAACAGCACUGACAACAGCUGCACCGACCACUGCAGGACCAACAACAGCAGCACCGACAACUGCAGCACCGACAACAGCAGCACCAACAACAGCAGCACCAACAACAGCAGCACCAACAACAGCAGCACCGACAACUGCAGCACCGACAACAGCAGCACCGACAACUGCAGCACCAACAACAGUAGCACCAACAACAGCAGCACCAACAACAGCAGCACCAACAACUGCAGCACCAACAACAGCAGCACCGACAACUGCAGCACCGACAACAGCAGCACCGACCACUGCAGGACCAACAACAGCACCGACAACAGUAUCAGGAUAAAGUUAAGGAAUAUAUUGCUAUAAUGUUUUGUUUAGUAAGCAACGUGAACGGCAACGCACAUGCUAAUAUUGUCACUACUGCAGUUGUAACUAUUGCCACGAAAAGCAGCAGAGGUAGUUCCACUACCACCACCACAACCACCACCACCACCACCAACAACAACAACAACAGCAACAACAACAACAACAA